AUGGGAUUGGCGCCUAAAAAUGUUGUGGCUCUCCUCUUGGCCGAGUUCGGAACCGGGAACUCCGAAGACGCGACUUACGAGGAGACUCGGAUGGCAACCCGACUGAAGAUUCUGCUGUCUCAAGCGGCGGAAGACGCGAAUAUUGAGGUUCAAACGGACGAUGAGAUUAUGGACAACAAUAGCAGUGGGGACGAGAAUGACGAUGACAGCGACUUCGAAUUGGACGUUGAAGGCCAUCAAGAACGUGAUGAAAGAGGAACUGGAGAGAUAUGGAUGGGACGAAAAUUCGUGUCGCUAGAUCAAAUACGAGCAGUCAAACGAUAUUGGCUAUCGUCGAAUCGAUCGGUUGGCGCUGUCAGGAAACGGGGCAGGUUCAUUCGAAGCGACUACUACUGGAGAAAGAUGACGGACCUGUGGAAGAAAGGUAAGGCUACAGUUUGUUGAUGAUUUUUUUUGUAGAUGAAGUUGUCGCAGAUCGGCGUGUUCGCAGUUCCGAACUCGGCCAAGAGGAGAGCCACAACAUUUUUAGGCGCCAAUCCCAUGUCCAAACAAAAUCAAAGAGUGAUAAAAAAUCACUUUACUUCCUUUCGACAACUUUCCGAUAGCCUUGCGGCGUAGCCGCAGGAAGCUCUCCGAUUACCAUUCCAAGUCAUGCCAUUUUUAACAGUCUGGAGAAAAGUCGACUAAAUUUGUUUGUUUUUGUCUCAAGAAAAGGCACAAAUCUACAUAAAAUUGGAAAAACACAAAAAAAAAAUUUUUUUACGCAUACUGUAGUGUACACAGUAGUCUUACCCUUUACAUUGCAGGUGAAAGGAAUCGAACCCAGCCCCCCGACCCAAAAGAAGAUUCGUUAGACGAGCGCUCUUUCCACUCGGCCAACUGGGCAGCCGUUUGGGUUUGCUUUCGGAGAGAGGACUUUUUCGGCGCUCUCUUCUUGCGAAACUUUAUAGUCGAUUUUCUCGGCCGCGGGGGCCCAGACGCAAAAAUGCCUUUAUAUUCGAUAUAGUAGAGUAUGUGACUAUAAAACCACACAGGUCUCAUGUCAUAGUUCAUUUGCGAUCUGAACGACUUCCCUUGUCAGGUGUUUCAAGUCGUACCGCCAUAUAAAAAACAUUUCUACGCAAACCAAGCCUUUCUUAAUCAUUUUAAGCGUAAUGGUGGGGAUACGAGCUCUCUGUGCUAUGUGGUAUACAAAAAAAUGGAAACGCGUUUCAUGUUACAGUAAUCCACGAUACAGUAAGAUCCCAAAAAAAGUUAACGGGAAAGUGUCUUAUAAUUAGCCCUAGAGUAAGUGGUAUCAAUUUCAGCCGGUUUGAAGCCGUUUAAUUUUUCACGUAUUAAGCCUCAAAAAUUUUAAAAAAUCCGUUUUAGGCUCCCAUAAAGGUGCCGUUAUUGUCCAAAAUCACUUAGAAUCAAUCAAAUAGCUUUGAUUGUUCCAUUAAAGUCGAUUUCUAGUAUUUUUUCGUGAUUUGCACCCACCCGGAAUCGAACCUGGGAGGCUGGAUUGGUAGUCCCGACCACUAACCACUAUACCACGAAAUUUGUCAUUCACUUUUUUGAACUUUUUUUGAUUGCGUCUAGAGCAGAAUUUUACGCUGAUUAACAUAUCAAAAAAUCAGCUGUGGGUUUUCAGAAACAAAGAUUUUACGGCCGUUUUUUAGCGGCCGAUACGGUACUACGGUAUGUUAGGAAAAUCAGAAAAUAUAAUGAUUCCAUCGUCACCGCAAGAGUCAAAAACUUCAGUAACCAUCAAAUCAUCGCACAGUAAGGUAAGAUACGACAGCUGGAGGCGAUUACUUCUAAAACAGUAAAUUGUAAAAAAAUAUACCUUGAUGAAGGUUUUGGAAAAAAAUAUCGUUCGCUUUUGCUUAGCACCUUCCAACAGUCAUUUUGAUGCAAAAAACUCAAAUUUAAUUUUUUCAUAUGUCCACGGCUGACGCACUGACUCAGAAAUCGUCUUUUAAGGAGCUACCCAUAAUUCAGAAUCCUUUGAGGGACUGCAAAACAAAUUCGAGAACAAAACGCCACUUUUUUUGUCACUCUUUACCGUGGCGGACCCGAUCCAGUGGCAAAAACAUAUCAUUUUGCGUCCGAGAGGCAUCAAAAAUGCAGCUAAAUACCUCCCUCUCCAACCAAAAAACCCCCGAUUUCAGAAGCGUUUUUUGUGACAGAAAGGCACACCCUUCAAACCAUAGUUUUUUUUGGUGAAGAGGGAGGCAUUUUGACACAUUUUUUGAUACUUCCCGGAUGAAAAAUAGUACGUUAACUGAAUCAAGUCCGUCACUGUACUCUAGUUUCCCCUUAUUUUAGCUAGCGAUGCCAAAGAAAUGCUCAGCGAACUUGAACAACUACUUCCCAAAGAGAAGCUCACCGCAGACUCGCCUAUUCCACCAAAAAAAGAUAGUACAAGCUCGAUUCCCACUAUCACCAUCACUGCACCGAGUGCAAAUAACACUCCAAAAUUCGAGAACUACCUUCAAAAACCUCCCCAAACCAACGGAGCGCCUAAGGCGCCGCCGAAAAAGUUGAUUGAAGGCGAGGCCGUGGAGACUGGCCAAGUCAAAUUCAAGAUCUAUUGGAUCUACAUCCGCUCAAUUGGACUGUUCUGCAUCACCGUUUUCUUGAUCGCGUAUGUGUUCAGUAGCGCGUUGGGGAUUUUGAGUAACAUGUGGCUAGCGCAUUGGUCCGAUUCGGCGGUGAAAAUGGCGAAAAAUGCUUCGCAAGUCGACGACAUGGCCCUAAAUCUCGGAAUCUACACGUUGUUGGGGCUGGGACAAGCGUUGGCGGUCUGCAUUGCGGCCGUUUGGGUGUCGCUGGGAAUGGUGAAGGCCUCGAAACUGCUUCACAGCAAUAUGCUCGAUGGGAUUAUGGCGAAACCGAUGUGGUUCUUCGACACAACGCCCAUGGGUCGGAUUCUGAAUCGAUUCUCCAAAGACCUGGACAUGAUUGACAGCCGAUUACCAAGUUCUGUUCUCAACUUUACUGGCUCCAUUAUUCAAGCGCUUGCGAUUCUCUGUGUCCCUAUUAUCAUCACGCCCCAGGUCACACCGUCCAUUGUGAUCAUCUUGGUGGUCUACUGCUUCUUGACGGUGUUUUACUUGAGCACAUCGAGGCAAUUGAAGCGACUUGAAGCCGUGACAAGAUCCCCGAUCUAUUCGCAUUUUGCGGUAAGAAUUAAUGUUGAUUCUGACGACAACAGACACUAGUUAUGUUAUUUUUUCUACUCAGUAAUAUUGGAUAUGAUUGCAGGAGUCAAUAAAUGGAUCCUCAUCGAUUCGCGCGUUUAACUGCGAGCAACGAUUUGUUCAACGGUCCCAGCAACUGAUCGACGAAAAUAUCAAGGCGUAUUAUCCGUCGUUGGUGGCUAAUCGGUAAGAAACAACCUUGGUAAUAGGCUUUGUAAUUACUGUAGUAGCGAAGUCACCCUAUUUUCUUGACGUUUCUUUGCAUAUUUCUUUGCUAAUUCCCUUGUCAAACUUGAAAAAAUGUUCUGAAAGCAGCAUCACGUCUCUAAAAACCUAUAUAUAUAUUAUUCUUCGUUAAACACUCGCUAAGAGGCGGCUAUAUACGUACGGGGACCCCUCUGUAAAAAAAGCUCAUGUAUAACAAAGCUUCUCUAUAACAAACAAGGAAGUAUUCCCAAAGGCAAUUUUAGGUCGAGUUUAACCUUUUGCUGUAAAGCAAAAAACUCUCCAUAAAAUCAAUUUUUUGGCGCCUUGUCAUCCGUAGUGUUUUGCGCUUUACAUAUCAGUCUAUCUAAAAUAUAACGAGCACUCUAUCGCAUCAAACACCGCAUCGCCGCCGAGAAAAUGAAUAGUGUUGCGACAAAAUCAAAUUGCUUUUCACUUCAGCGACGCGAUCCGCGUGCUCAUUAUUUUCCCGACAGACUAAAAAAAUACCCAAAACUUCUACGAUGACAAAAGUCCUUCUUUUUUUUAGCUGGCUCUCCGUGCGCCUUGAAUUAAUCGGCAACCUUAUCGUAUUCUUCUCCGGAAUUUUCGCCGUCAUCUUCAGCGACUAUGGAGUUACAGCCGGUUUGAUCGGUCUUUCCGUUUCCUACGCCUUCAAUGUUACGCAAACUCUGAAUUGGGCUGUUCGUAUGUCCAGUGAGCUGGAGACGAAUAUUGUGUCCGUCGAGCGCGUCACCGAAUAUGCAGAGGAAAUGCAAGACGUAAGCGGAGUUUUGAAACAACAUUACAUUAAUAGACGCCAUUUAUGGUAGUUUCGAAGACUUUAUUUUCUAUUUUCAGGACUCCGAAUCACCUCUUGGUCUGUCUAUUGAGCCCUUGAGCGGCUGGCCAACGAAUGGGCAGAUCACGUUCGAAGAGGCGUCGUUUUCGUAUCGACCAGAAAGUCAGACAAUUCUGAACAAUAUCAGCAUCAAUAUCAAGGCCAAAGAGAAGAUUGCAAUUGUUGGGAGGACUGGAUCCGGUAAGUUUUUGUGCCAUUACAGUGGCGGAACUGAUCCAGUGGCAAAAAACGUUCCAUUUUUAAUCCGGGAAGUAUCAAAAAAUGUAGCAAAAUGCCUCUCUCUCCAACUAAAAAACUCCGUUUUGAAGGGUGUGCCCUUUCCCUCACGACAAGAGCGGGCUCGCUUCCGAAAUCCGAGCAAAUUGGGGGCCUUUUGCCACAUUUUUUGAUACUUUCCGGACGCAAAAUGAUAAGUUUUUUGCCACCGGAUCAGGUCUGUUACUGUACAGUUAUCCUUCCAUAAAAUCAGACAAAAAAGUUCCAAAGCCAUUUUUACCAGCAUAAAAUCUAUAGUCAUCCAUUUCCAGGAAAAAGCAGCUUCGCGUUGGCUCUCUUCCGCCUGCUCGAGCUGAAAUCCGGCCGAGUUCUCAUCGAUAAUGUCGAUCUGUCGACUGUUCCGUUGCCCACUCUCCGUCGACGACUGACCAUUGUCCCGCAAGAUCCAGUCCUCUUUUCCGGCACGUUGAGAAUGAACUUGGACCCCUCGAAGCGCUUCGACGAAGACUUCUUGUGGGAGGCGCUGGAAUUCGCCGGAAUGGGCCAAUUCGUUCAGAGUUUGCCCAACGGUCUGGACACGGAAAUGACCGAAGGCGGAAGCAACAUCUCCGUCGGGCAACGGCAGCUGAUUUGCUUGGCCCGAGCGUUGUUGCGGAAGCCGAAAAUCCUGAUUCUGGACGAAGCAUCGGCGUCGGUGGAUUUGGAGACGGAUCAAAUGGUCCAUAGGACGUUACGGUAAGAUUUUAUACAUCUUUUACAACGACUUUUUUAGCGAGCAUUUCAACGACUGCACCGUUUUGACAAUCGCUCAUCGGCUGAAUUGGCUGAGUGAUGUGGAUCGAGUGCUUGUUAUUGAUAAUGGAGCAGUUGCGGAAUUCGAUACGCCAGAUAAUUUGUUAGCGCAAGAUGAGUCGUUGUUCAAGGCGUUGGCCAAGGAGGGGGAUUUUGCGAUGCGAUCGCACAAACCUUCAAUCGAAAGGAUGACUCCGCCGAGAGUUGAGGUAAUUUGUUGUUUACAGUUGAACCUCCGGACAACGAGCUCUUUUACUACGAUCUUUGUCUAUAACAAACAAAUUUCGGAGGCUCAAAAGUCAAUUCUUGGCCAAAACAGAACUCACCAUAGAAGUACCUCAAGUGCGGCGCUUGGAUUUUCAUUAUUUUGCAUACCCUUUGAGCAUAGGUCACGUACCAUCUCCUGAAUGUUUCAGCUCGCGUUUUGCAGGGGCAGCCGAGAUAUUCAACGAUCUUUCCGGCCGAGAGAGUACGCAAAAAGCGGAGAGUGGUCACAGAGAAAACACUUUUUGUCCAUAUCUUUAUUUGAGCGUCGCAAUUGAAGUAAUUCCCCUGUAAAUGUGUACAACAAACCCUUUCUAUAUAACAGACUUAUUUUUUGGUUCAUUGAAAUUCGUUAUACAGAAGCUUGGCAGUAUUUCUAUAUUGUACAAAACAUACAUUAUUUUCGCUAAAUUUUUUUUUCAGAUAACGCCCGCUGAAGCUGAGGAAGAGGAAACAGAUCUGCCAAAUGAAGAAGAGCCAUUACUGGACGAUGCGGUUGACAAUGAAUCAGUUGGUUCCAAUUAG